GAUCCAGUAAUUAACCCAGCCGGUUGGUAAAAUAAAGGUCUUUCAUCUCUACGCUUGUUUUUCCAAACCCAAAACCCUAGAUAGCAAAAACUGGAGUACAAAUCAAACUCCAGAAGUUACCUUGACUUUUCAUGGAUUGGGGAUUUGCACAAAAGGUUUGGGAGAAAUGGGCAUCGAACAGUGUAGGUUCAUCAGGUGAACCAUUAAAGGCAGCUUUGUUACUCAACUACGAUCCAACUGGACCUUCUCGUCUCAUGUCCAUCAUAGCAGCCCAGCAAGGAAUACUGGCAAAGCCAGUCGAGUUGUGUUCGUUUCUUGAAUUCAUUAAACUGAAUAAUCUCCCAGGGGAAAGCUUGUUCAUUGGCUCAAAUGAGUAUAUAGUCACUUCAAUUCAUGAGACCUGGUUUUGUGCGAGGAGUCUGAAUACCUCAAGACCUGCAGGUGAAGGUGCAAUUGUUAUGCAGACAGCAUCAUUUCUCUUGAUUGGAAUGUACGAUGGAUCAAUCGGUGCAGCAUCUCGUGCAAUGGUGGCUGUGGAUCAGUUUUCGUUGCAGUUGAGUCGAAAACAUCAUUAGCUUCAUAGUCGAAAUCACUAUCUCUCAUAUUCAUUCAGCGUAGAAACUUAUUACUUGGAAGGAAGAAUUACACACAGAAAGUCACCAAUUCAAGGUACCCCAGUGGCAGACAUCGUAGUGCAGCUCUAUUCCUUUUUGGGUGGAACCUAUGUUAGGAAAAUCAUGGAUGGUGAGAGAAAGAGAGAACACUGCUGUAUAAAAAAAAAGUUUGUAAAGUUUGGCGCUGAACCAUCUAAGCAUUACUGAAACAAUUCCUGAAAGGUAAAAUGCCAGUCUGCAGAAAUGUGGUCAAUAUCACGAAGAAUUUCCCCCAUUUGUUGGAUGGGCUGCAAAUUUGUGAAUGUAGGGAACGUGUGAGGAAAUGAUUUCAGCCUUGUUAUUAUUCUGUUUAGUUUGUAAGCUAAAGAAAUCAGUCUGCAUUCCCUCA